GACUAUGAUCUAGAAUGUGUUCAGAACGACGAAUCUCUGAUCCAACUUUCUACAAACAAAUAUUUUUAUCCGUCUGCAUUAAUAUAAUUAACGGACAAACUUCUCUAUUGAGCUGAACCAUGUCGUUGCUUUACGCAGCCUUGGUUUUUGGUCUUGUCGGCCAGUGUCUUGCAGAUAUUUCUUCUGAGUACAACCAUUUCGUUGCAUUAGAUCCAUCACAGAAGAUUAAAUUCUACUGGACUGUGGACCAAGCUGAAGAGAGCAUCUCGUUUGCUGUGGAGGCCGUUACUACUGGAUGGAUUGGCCUUGGAUUCUCACCCAGUACUGGUAGAAUGAAGGGAGCUGAUAUCGUGAUUGGAUGGGUUAAGGAUGGAAAACCGUAUUUAACGGACCGACAUGGCGAAGGUUAUUCCUUACCGCCGUUGGACGAUUCACAGGAUUACAAACUCAUUUCAGGCACAGAAAAAGACGGUAAAACAACGAUGAAAUUUAGCAGAAAGUUUGACACUUGUGACAAUCAAGACUACAAAUUCGAGGAAGGAACAACUAGAGUGAUUUUUGCUUAUCACGAGGAAGAUCCCACCUCUGACACCAACAUGAAGAAGCAUUCUGAUAAAGGAUCAAGAAGCAUUCUCCUGCUAAACUUUGUGAAAACAUCGAAACCCAAUCCAUCUUGGAAAAAACUAGAACUACUAAUGCGCAAUAUGACAAUUCCAAAACUUCACACCAGUUACAUGUGCAGACCCUUCAGGCUUCCCGAUUUUGGAGGAAAGAAACACAUUGUGAGGUUUGAGCCCGUAGUCCAACCAGGCAACGAAGGUUUCGUUCAUCAUUUUGUCAUCAACGAAUGCAAAGGAAAAUUUCCUGAUCAAUUGCUUAACUACACCGGAAACUGUAUCGACUAUGCCAAUAUGCCUGCAGAGAUCUUGAAUUGUAAACGAGGGGAUAUAAUUUAUGGCUGGGGUGUUGGUGCUGGGCCAUUUGUUUAUCCUGAACACGUUGGGUACCCUGUGGGAAUGAACGACAGUGGCUCGGUACUUAUCGUGGAAAUUCAUUAUGACAAUCCUAAAAACGUAGAAGGACGCCUCGACAGCUCUGGAGUAAGGCUCUACUACACAUCUGAUCUACGUGCAUACGAUGCUGGUACUCUGAGUGUAGGGCUUGGUGUUUCAUCGUGGAUGGUAAUACCACCCAACCAGGACCACUGGAUCACUACAGGAUACUGUAGAAAAGAAUGCACCCAAAAGACCCUUGAAAGCAGUCCACUUCCAGAGAAAGGAAUCAAAAUCAUUUCUUCUUUUUUACACACACACUUAGCAGGUCGUGCCAUCUGGACCCAACAUGUCAGGGACGGUGUUCAGCUGCCAGAUAUUGCAAGAGAUAACAACUAUGAUUUUAACUUUCAGGAGAUUCAAGUCCACGCUAAAGAGAUUCACUUCAGGCCCGGUGACGAGAUGAUUCAACAGUGCAAGUACAAUACCAAGGAUCGUACCAAAACCACAUUUGGAGGACUUAGUACUUCAGAGGAAAUGUGCAUAAACUUCAUAACAUACUAUCCACGAUUAAGACUACUUAACAGCUGCUCCAGUAGCAACAGGCCAGCAGUCUACAAGUUUGUCGAAAAACACUUCCCGUCCUACAAAGCUCAUUCCAACAGGUGGUACAACCCUCUUGUCGCAGCUAAACCCAGGUGGACCGACGAAAUGGCAAACGAUUUGAGAAAUUUCCUCGAUAAAGAAAACACGAUAUCAGACUGCUCGGACAAAGCAAACUCUACCGUCAAAUUUGCAGAACAUAUGGACCCAAAGAACCUUGGGAAUAAGGUUACGUUCAACAAGCCAUAUCAACCGCCACCUUCGGCUUGUGAUGUAAACAGUUCGUCGACGGCUUUGAGAGUCAGCAUCAUUCAUCUCUCAUUGAUCAGUAUCUGGACUAUCUGGGCUCUUGGAGCUGGCGUUCUUUCACUGUAGUUCAAACCAUUGUUUGCUGUGUUCUGGUUGGACACUAUCUCAGUUGCACUUCACCUACAAGAUCACUAAAUUUAGAGCCGCUAAUCAGUAAAUAAAUGCUGUAUGAAAAUGUUCAAUGUAUAAGCUGUUAAUCGAACUCGUAGAGGAAAAAGAUUCUUGCAUGGUUAUUGUGACGUCUUUCAUCGAUUAGUAUCUGGGCUAUAUGGGCUCGAUUUCGAAGGUGUGGUAUUUUCUUAUGUAGCUCAAGACCAUGUAAUGGGACCGUUCAUUUUUUAGAAGGAGAAGAAGUGCCGAAGUCUGCGUCUUUUUAUCUUUGCACAGGCGCACUCCCUAUUUGUUUCAUAGUAGUUGUUUGUUCCUUAAAUAAAAACUUUGAUGCUUUUCA